GCACUUAAAAAAAACAAAAAUAUAAUGACAUCAGAGUCAAUAGAUUACACAUGAUCAUACUGGGGAAAAAACGUAAACACAUCUAGCACCCACAAACCUGUUAUUUCAUUUAAAUAGUUUUUUUAUUCGUCCUCCAGUAUUUCUAUACAAGGAGACUCAGUGACAGCAGUCUCUCGUUCUUGGCUCAGAUUCCUGCGUGUUCAUCACAGAAGUGGGACAUCGACCCACAUUAUUCCUAUAGGGGUCGCAGCCGUAAAUGGAGGAAGCAAACAAGGAAGACCAGACAGCUCACGCGCAUUUUCCUGUCGGUGCGAAGAGCAGAAAGGUGCGAAAACCCUUCAUGCAUAGAGGAUGGGAGCAUAGGAGGAGGCAUGUGGCUUUAAAUGAAAGCUGUCGAAUUGUUUGCUAAAAGCAGGAGCUAUAAAUAGUCUGGAUAGGAGCUGCUUCAAAAACCAAGUGUGUGAACAUCCUUGCAGGUUCAGGUUGCUAGAGGAUUAUUUUCCUGUGAAAUGCGGUGAGUCAGAUAUGUUCUCGCUCAAAGGAGACUAUUCCCGCGACAUCACCAUCAUCCUCCCACGGAGUGGAGCUCCACGUUGCGCGAUGUGAUGCUCUGUCCUGCCCAGUAUCAGCUACGGAAGGCGUGCUUAACCGCACAACAGGAGCACCAGAGAACCGGAGCAGCCCGUUUCCACCGUCCGGGACUCACAUUCGGAGCGAGCGAACGUCCACCGCCGGCAGCCAUGGCAUCCACGCGUGGAUCAGCUGGAGCGCAUUGAGGUUUCAGAGUGAUGCAGUCUCUGUUUGGUGGAGGAGAGCUGGGGCUGCUGGGAGGAGGCAACGACGCAGGAGGCCUCAAGGAGGAUGGCUGCAGCAGCAUGGCAUGGAGGUCAUCGCCUCUUCCUCCGGAUGAUGUCUACUCAGCCUCGCACUUUGCCCUCAUCACUGCCUAUCAGGACAUCAAAACGAGGCUGGGCAGCCUCGAGCGAGAAAACAGCACUAUAAAGAGGAAGCUAAAGAUAUAUGAGAUAAAGUUUCCAAUGAUCAACGAGUUUGGUGAGGACACAAACUCAUACUGCUCCUUUGAGAGUAAGGAGACGGUAUUGUUGCAGUCUGAAAAUGGCAACCUGCAGCAGAGGGUGAACGUCCUGACCCAUGAGCUGCAGAAGAGAAAUGACAGAGAGGAGCAGCUGGGGGACGUCAUAAAGGCUUAUGAGAAAAUUCACUUGGAGAAGAACAACCUCCAGAGAGACCUGGACAAGAUGACCAGCUUGGUGGAGAAGCAUGUUGAGCGCAUCCUUAACCUGGAAUCAGCUCUUAGACAGAGGGACAAUUCCCUGCAGAAGCUCAACAUACAGAUGCACAACAAGGACAUGCAGUAUCUGCAGCUCCACGCUGGUCCGGACGCACACUUGUUGGACUGUCCAGCUCUGACCCUUCAGAGCUCCCGCAGCCUGGACGCCCUCUCCGACCUUAAGCUCCAGCGCCUGGAGGCUGAGCUGGAAGGGGCACGGCACGAAGCCCAGGGGGCGUGUCAGCGGGAGGAGGAGCUUAAGGCGGAGUGCGAGAGGCUGAAAGACGAGAUGAGAGAGCUACAGAGCAGCCAGCGAGAGAGGGAAAUGAAUUCUCCAUGCAAGCAGUGUGAUAUGGAGUGGAUAAAGAAGGUGGGAGAUGAGCAGGUGAAUUUGGCUCUGGCCUACACCGAAUUAACAGAGGAACUGGGACGCCUUCGAGCACUAAGCGCCAAGCAGACAGAGAUUCUGAGGAAAGCGACGCAGGAGCAGGCUAGUCCAGUGCAGCUUCACUCUCCUAUCCACCACCAGCGCCACUCCCCAGUUUCUCAGCGUCACUCCCCAAUUCCACAGCGGCAUUCUCCAGUCCCUCCACAACCCCACCACUCCCCAAUCCAGCAGCGGCGCUCUCCAGUGCUGCAGCGCCUUUCCCCCGAUAUGCACCGCCGUUCGCCCUUACUUGAUGUCAACAAUGGACCGGCUUCGUACUCGUACAGGCCUCCCAGCCAGCACCUUAGAGCCAGCUUCCAGGGUCGUCGAAGUUACUCAGAAGUUGCAGAUCCUUCAGCUUAUCAGUGCCCACCCCGCUUCUCCCUCGACCCGGUCUCCACCCUUCCUAAGCCAAGGCCCUACAUUGAGGGCUACCCAAAGCAGCAGUCCCAACAUGUUGGCUCCCCCCACAGUGGGCUACAGCACAGAGGAUCCCAGUCUCCCCACCAAAGUGGAGCAGGAAAAGAUAGUAGCCUUGGAGAGAGCUCCAUGCGCCACUCCAGAGAGAUGCCGUUUCCGCUUUCAGAAGUGGCCCACCUUCAUUACGAGCCACCUCCUCCACCUUCACCCACUUCACAGCCCCAACAGUCCUCCGAAGAUGAGGAAGAGUGGACCUGCCCGCAUCCCAUCAGUCCACCAAGGACACUGGGCGUGCUUUCUCCGACAGCUGCCAGCGGUAUCAUGAGGGGCCCGGCUUCCUGCUCAGCCUUCCCCAUCCCUCAGAGGCCUAACAACCUCAGCUGCCAUCCUCAACAGGGGUACAUGUCUACAGAGCAUGCUCAGUCCUGGCCUUCAAUCAAUCUCUGGAUGGAGACUGAGGAAAGUGACAUGAGAAGCUGCCCUCUCUGCCAGCUGAUUUUUCCUGUUGGCUACCCUGACGAUGCCCUCAUCAAGCACAUCGACUCCCACCUGGAGAACAGCAAGAUAUGAUUACUAUGGCAACCAGCACACACUCUGCUCAUAUAGAUUAUGUGAGAGACUGGAACAUCUGGCCAACUGGAAAGUCAGAUGUUCACACAGGGGCAUCUAAAUGAAGUUUGAAUCAGUCACGUGGGGAUGGUGCAUUGUUUUGAUUUAAUUCAGGUGGUUCUUGAUCAUCCAUAGGAUGUUUGUGGGUCUAUGUGCCACAGCCUACAUUUAGACAGAUGCAUUGGUGGUGCUUUUUGCCACUCUUCUGCUUUGAUUCCUGAUUUGCAGUUUCAGCCAAUUGGGAGGCACUAGAGACACACUGGCAGGAUCAGGAGCUCUGCAUGUCUAAAUGUUAUCGUCAGUUUUCAUCAGUAUUUGAUCAAAGAUUUUGGACAACUCAAUUUUAACCACAAAGCUUUAAAUAAUUCCGCUUUUAUAUUCUCAAACGCUGACUUUAUUUUCUUUUUAGAGGAGCCUGUUUAGUCAGAGGCAUGGGAAAAACUGGAGCGUUCAUUGUUAAGUUUUCGACAGGUACAUGUGCAGGAUUAUUAACUGAUGAAUAAUUCUGUUUUUACAAGAAAAUGAGGGCGAAAAAGCAGCUCAGUUUUUUAAAGCACCAGAAUUCACAUUUGCUUGGAUUAGCAUUUGAGCUGGGUCUUUGCCAAAGUACUGCAAAGAAAACAGUUGGUUUGGAACUAGUGAUUUAAUCUCCACAGAUGUGUAACUUUCAGUGUUAAAAUUUUUAAAUUUUUACACUAAUACAUGUUUCAAAUUUUUAAUGUUUUAUGCUAACACAUACUGCUUGUGUGCUAGCUGUUGUUAGCUAAUGGCCCUGUCACACUGCAGCUACGUACAAUUUGCGCAUGUUGCGCAUCAUUUAUCAUAUAUGACUGUUCAUGGCAAAAGUGAGAAAAGUUGUGGUUCUUUAUGAGAAAUUUUCACAGAAGGAUCACAAGUGAAACCACGUUUAAACCACAGAAGUACGAAUGAACAACGCAAAGUACACGUAAACCUGCUCUUCAUUACAUUUCUUCUCGUUGACAUUCAGCGCACUAAGCAGAAAUGCCAUAGUGUCAGCACCCGUGAUGCUUUGUUUUAAUUAAACGGUCAGAUUCCCCUGCUCCGCACCAGUUCUAAGUCAGCUGCUAGGGACCCGCGAGAGACCUGACCCCCCACUCGGACGAGCUGGAUGGUUCAUGCACGGUUGGUGCAUGCAUUUAGAAAACUGACUACAACUACACAUGACCUGCUGAAAUCUCAACCGACAAGCUCAAAAUUGAAUUCACAUAAAGACCCUUCGGCCGAGACCCUAAACCAGGGGUGUCAAACUCAAAUUCACAGUGGGCCAAAAUUAAGCAGUGGUGUAAAGUCAUGGGCCAAACUCAAUCUUUAUUGCAAAAUUAACUGCAACUGAUAUGUGUUGUUUAACCUUUUUAUAAAAUGUCUUCUUGUGUUAUAUUCUUUUGUUACAGCCACGUUAGCUCCGCACACAAGACAAACAGGUCUGUCCUUUAGAAUCCUUGAACAGAUAAUCUGCCUCCCGUCUGUCUUGAAAACUCCUAUUGUCCAUCUUUCGUUUGGCCAUUUUUGUGGAGGGUGAAAUUAAUUUGUUCAAUGUGACUGGAGCUCUAAUGCACAUUUGAUAUGAAUUUGCGGGAAAAUUACAAUCACACUGAGGGCCAAAUGUGACCCACGGGCCUGAGUUUGACACAUGUGCUUUGGACGGACAUCUGCGCACAAUAACAAAUGACGAACGCAAGAAAAACUCUUGGGAAUUGUGUAAAUAAUGCAGGUAUCAUGAAAGACCAAAAUUUCAUCUGUGUAUGAUUUGCAAAUUGUACGUAGCGGCAAUAUGACACGGCCUUAAGGCCAAUAGCAUUUUUAUGGGUAAGUGAAGCCAUUUAACUCAGCAUGUUAUGCUAGGUUCACACCGAGCAUGUGAUGCACGUUCAACACAUGGUGUUUGCAUUGGACUGUCUUGAAACUUGGUGUGAAACGUCAAAGUAGGUCAAAUCUCGUGAAAUUUGCUCCAGGUUUUUUCUGUCACAUCUCUCUUCUGAUAUGUGAAAGACUUGGUGUCAUAAAAUUCUGUCCGGGCAAAACCAUCACUAUUAAUUUCUCCUUCAUGAUCAUGGUUAGCACUUCCCUGAAUUAAAAGGGAUGCCAGCCAAAUGUCACUACCAAAUCAGAGACUCUGAUUGAUCAAAGAUCAACGUGAUUUAACUGUCAAGGUGCAUUCAAUGGCUGCGCGUUUUGCAUGUAAAGCUCAAAAAUGGUCAUAAACACUUGCAUAGCUAUGCAUGAACGCAACAUGCAAUGUUUACAUAGAUUUCUCAUUGAAAGUGGCCGCUUGAAGCUGCAUUGCUUAGGGUGUUGUGAUUGUGACUUUAAACUAGUUUGUGAACCUAUCUUUUAAUUAAGAAAAAAAAUCCUGGAAUCCUAAUUGACUAAAAUUACCUAAACAAACCAAACCAGUUUCAUCUGGGUCUUUAACAGCUGAAAGAGAUGACCAGUUGGGGAGGGAGUCACUGGCUCCCCAACCCCCAGCUGAGGACAAAGGACUCUAAACGACCCUAAACCAUGGAGGCUAAGUUGGACAAUACCAUCCAGUUUCAGGUCUGACUCCUCCCCCAUGAGCGCAUAUACACCACCUCUUCGACAAGCCAAUUCAGAAUUGACAAAGCCUCUUGGAAAAGAGGUGAAACAUCUUCUAACUUUAAAUCCAAGUCCAGAUGACAACCCCUAAACCUACUACAAUGGAACCAACCUGGAUGAAUGAGAGUCUUCAUAGACAUACCUAAAAUUAGACAAAUAAAAUUGAAAUAACUACAUUUUUAUCCAUAGAAAAUCCAAAGGCCAAAAAACCUAAACUUCUAGAAAACGUUCAUGCGAGAUUUGAUGCAAUACAACAGCCAAGAUAAUAUCUAUAUUGAAAUACUAUAAUUAGUGCUUUUGUGUCAAUUAGCACAUUAAGGAAAAAUAAUAUUUCCAUAUUUUAUUUGUCAGAAACACCUUGGUUUCUUGACUGUGGCAAACAGCACAGCUUUAAGUACAAUACAUAAAAAAAUUAAACAAGUAGCUAAUCAGACUAGAAUAAAGGAACCAAUUUUGCAAAAACAAAUUGUGAAAGUUAAAGACCACAUGUGCACAUUUCUAGCCUGUCGAAUCCUAGCUGAGACUGGUGUUUGUGACUGACUGCUGUGUCAGAGGCAUUUGUGGCUUCACAGAUAAACUAAUGUGGUGUUGUAACUGAAUAUGUAGCCUUUUCUGACAGUUCGACCGUUUAUUUCUUAUUCACUACACUGGAUCCCAAAAGGAUUAAAUGGCAGUUGUUGAAGGGUGCUUACUGUAGUUUAACAAUAAAAUUGUUCAGUGUAAGCAAAAAAGAGAAGUUUCCAUUGAAAACUGACAAUUAAGCUAAAAUGUAGCUUAAAGUCCAGAAAUAUUGGUUCAAAAAAGAUACAACUUUAACUGUCAUAGUCAUAAUAAAAUUGAUUACAGAUUAAUGAUAAGGUGGAAAAAUGAAUUACCCAAUAUUAUGCCAACAACUACAUUGAAUGACAAAAAGUCAAAGGCGGUGAAGGUCUCAGUUCUGCUGAGCAUGUGCAAACUGCAAAAAAAACAAUGGAUGCAUUGUGCUUUGCAGCAUUCACUACUCCA